AGAGCUCCAGUUUCCAUUAUUACCUAUGGUUCUUCUAUGGCUGCACUAGUACAUUUUCCACACGCUUCGGUCAAUCUCGGCUAAAUUGCACUUCUGGUGGUUCAAAUCACACGUUUGUUGUGCUAACGCGUAAGGAAGGAUGGCCAAUGCAGAAGAAUGGAUCCUGUCAAUUGAGCAGUACAAUACCGGUUGAGAUGAAGGAGGGAAUCCCGAACCCAACCUUGGAAAGUAUUAACUACACGAUGCUGCUGAGAAAUGGGUUCACAAUGAAUUGGACGUUGUUGACCAAGGAGAGUUGUGCCAAGUGCAGACACAGUGGAGGCCGAUGUGGCCGAUCAAAUGACAGAGAGUUUGUUUGCUAUUGCUCUGAUGGAUCCGAUUACGAAAAAUGUGGUAAAGGCCUCAGCUUACUGAAGAAAGGUGCCAUUUUUGGUUCAUUGUCUGUGGUGGGUGCUGUUGCAAUGGUUCUAGCAUAUCUUUGUAAAAAGAGAUUAUGCAAUCAGAAAUCCAUGGUCCCAUGGAGCAAGAAGAUGAAUGGUUUUCAUAAAUUUGAGGCCGUUUGCGAAAAUCAUGCUAUGCCAAUUCCGAGAAGAUAUUCUUAUGCUGAGAUCAAGAGAAUUACCAACUCAUUCAAAGAUAAGCUUGGCCAAGGAGGCUAUGGUUCUGUGUACAAAGGCAAUCUCCCAAAUGGUUGUCUUGUAGCAGUGAAGAUCCUAAGCAAAUUAAGAGGAGAUGGUGAAGAAUUCAUCAAUGAAGUAAAUAGUAUAAGUAGAACUUCCCAUGUCAACAUUGUUAAUCUGCUAGGUUUCUGCUUUCACAAAACCAAAAGGGCUCUUGUCUAUGAGUUUAUGACCAAUGGAUCUCUGGAGAAAUUCAUAUAUGAAGAGAACUAUAGCAAACUAGGUUAUUGCCACCUUGGAUGGGACACCUUGUUCCAAAUCUCCCUAGGCAUUGCUCAAGGACUUGAAUACUUGCACCAAGGUUGCAACUCGAGAAUAUUACACUUUGACAUAAAGCCGCACAACAUUCUUCUCGAUGAAAAUUAUCGCCCCAAGAUAUCUGAUUUCGGCCUUGCAAAAAUAAGCCAUCGAGAGGAGAGCACCAUCUCACUAUUUGGUGCACGAGGGACUGCGGGGUUUAUGGCCCCGGAAGUGUUUUGCAGGAACAUUGGUGGAAUAUCUCACAAAUCAGAUGUGUACAGUUUUGGGAUGACGGUGCUUGAGAUGGUCGGCAGGAGGAAAAACAUUGUGGCAGGUGUUGAUCGAACCAGCGAAGUAUACUUUCCACAUUGGAUUCACAAGCGUCUGGAACUUCAGGAAGAGCUUGAACUGCAGAAUAUUGUGAAUGAAGGAGACAGGGAGAAGGCUAGGAAGAUGAUAAUAGUGAGCUUGUGGUGCAUACAGACCAAUCCUUCAAUUAGGCCAGCAAUGACUGAGGUGGUGGAUAUGCUAAGAGGUAGUGUUGACUGCUUGCAAGUUCCUCCAAAGCCCUAUUUGUCUUCUCCAUCAAGAUCAUCACCAACCACUUCAAUGUCCAUGAUUGUGUGAAACAUAGUUUGGUGAGAACACUUUUAUAACCAAGAGCUUUAAAUUCAAUGCAAUGAGGAACUUGUAUACAGACAUCGCUAGAUAAGCGUAUUAGAAUUUUUCAGCUAUUAUUGGGGAACGUACUGAAGUUUAAGCUGACUCUUAAGUUAUAUAAUGCCAAGCCAUUAAUAGUACAAGAGCAUCUUAACAUGA